AUUUUUCAGUUGGAUAGUUUUGGAUAGUUUUGGAAGGCUAAUGUUUUAGUGCACUGCAGAGGUGUGGCUUCUAUCAUCUUAAAAUUUUGUUAUAUCAACGAAUCCGUGGUUUGCCUAAAUAUUCGGCUAAUAAUUAGUUGAAAUGAGUGCGGAUACUAAUGAUGAUACAAAUUUGGACGCGAUUUUUAGAGAAGUUGGGGAAUUCGGACGGUAUCACAUUUUCAUAUAUUUACUUAUUAGCAUUCCAAACAUUAUAUCGUCUGCGACAUUUGUUAAUUAUAUGAUAUCGGCUACCACCUUGGAAUAUCGGUGUAGAGUUCCUGAAUGUGAUGUUAGUGGAAAUAAUCGGGAUAUCCCGUUUGAUCAACCUUGGUUGGAAAACGCCAUUCCGUUCACGCAGAACAAAAUCGAUAGAUGUCAUCGGUAUGCACCACGGAACAGCACAGCGGCGGUGAAUGGACAGUGUCACGCCCAUUUGUUCGACACUGCCAAAUUAAUUGAGUGUUCCGAAUAUGUUUACACUUCUGAUGAGAAAAAUGUUCAGACGGAGUUCAACACUCACUGUGGUGAGACUUACAAAUUGGCUCUUGUUGGAACUAUAAGUAGUGUGGGACGUUUCGUAUUCUUGCCAUUUAGUGGACUUUUGGCUGACAAAUAUGGCCGAUUGAAAGUGGUUAUCAUAGGAAUGACGUUUUGCAGUCUGAUUGGUCUGUUGAAAUCAUUUUCAGUGAAUUAUUUGAUGUACCUGACGUUGGAAUUCUUCGAGGCUUGCGUUGGUACUUCCACAUAUGCUGGUUCGUUUGUACUGGGCAUUGAGCUCCUCACAACUCGAUAUCGAGUCUUGGGAAGCACAAUAAUUUCCAUAUCGCAUCCGAUCGGCGAAGUAAUUUUUGGCUUGAUCGCAAUGCACAUUCACGAUUUUAAACACUUGCUGCGAAUUACAUACAUUCCGGGACUAUUCGUCUUCAUUAAUUUCUUCUUGGUGCCAGAAAGUAUACGCUGGCUUUUGGUAACGGGUCGCGUGGAUCGUGCCGUUAAGAAUUUGAAAACAAUAGCUAGAGUAAAUGGAAAACAGCUGUCGGAAACAUCAGUGGAACUCCUCCAAUCAAAGUAUAAGAUCGAGCAAAAAGUUAUCCGGAACAAAUAUGAUUUGGAUCAGAGUGUGAAGGUUGAAGAAACUGCCGCGCCGGAGACAUUUUGCAUGAUAUUUAAAUCGAAAACCCUGUGCGUACGGUUUAUUGUUUGCUCGUAUCAAUGGGUUGCGUGCUGCUUUUACUACUAUGGAAUUAGCUUGUAUGCAACACACAUCCCAGGUACCAAUCGGUAUGUGUCGUUUUUGAUAGUUGUCUCUGUUGAGAUUCCAAGCAUAUUGAUCGCAUUGCCAUUAGUAAAUCGAACACGACGACGAAUUCUACUAUUUUCAACGCUUUUAGUCGCAGCAAUUUCAAUUCUGGCAACCUCAUUUGUACCGGAGGAACAUUCUGUAAUAACUGUGAUAUUUUCGCUAAUCGGUAAGGGUUCCAUAACAUUUUCGUUCACUUUGUUGUACGUUUUUACGGCUGAACAAUGGCCAACGAAUCUUAGAACAACUAUUAUGAAUUCAUGCUCAAUGAUCGGAAGAACUGGAUCGAUGAUAGCACCAUUUGCAGUAAUAUUGGGAUCUCAAUAUGGAUCACUACCGGCUCUAUUGUUUGGAGCCUCUGCCAUCAUUGCUGCUAUAAUGGUCAUCUUCAAUCCGGAAACAUAUUCAAAAAAACUACCCGAUACGAUUAAGGAAGCAAAACAAAUAUAAUGGUUGCAGAUAGCGAAUUUUAGAUUUAAUUUAUAGCUUGCUGAAUUAAAUCGGAUUAAAUCAAGAAGAGUGAAUUCAUUUAUUUGUCAUAAUGGUGGUCUAGUCGACAACACGGGUCAGAUAUUUCGGGUGAAUUAAAUGGAUAAGCCCACAUUUAGUUUUUACGUUCUUCAUUUAAAAA